GAGAAACACUAUAAUACUAAAUGCAGUUCCUCAGGACUGUCCAUAAUUGUAGAGGGUGCCUGGGAACUGUCCAUAAUUGUAGAGGGUGCCUGGGGACUGUCCAUAAUUGUAGAGGGUGCCUCAGGACUGUCCAUAUUUGUAGAGGGUGCCUCAGGACUGUCCAUAAUUGUAGAGGGUGCCUCGGGACUGUCCAUAAUUGUAGAGGGUGCCUCGGGACUGUCCAUAAUUGUAGAGGGUGCCUCAGGACUGUCCAUAAUUGUAGAGGGUGCCUUGGGACUGUCCAUAAUUGUAGAGGGUGCCUGGGGACUGUCCAUAAUUGUAGAGGGUGCCUGGGGACUGUCCAUAAUUGUAGAGGGUGCCUCAGGACUGUCCAUAAUUGUAGAGGGUGCCUCGGGACUGUCCAU